AAUCGAAAGAAAAGUAAACAAAUAAAAAUACCAUGAAAAACGAUCGGCAAAAUACACGAUACAGAUCUUGCAGAAACUAGUCGCAUACGGGUCGUUAUGUUGUUAGCACACGGUUCACACCUGCUUCAAAGGUGGCUUUGAGACAGUAAAAUCAUACCUCAACUGUAAAUCAAUGUGUUGGCUCCUAAACCAUCAGUAGCAAUAUCACACGCGUAGUCAGUGAUAGUAGGCACUUGAUUAAUAAAUAUUCGAUAAACAAGGUAGAACGAUCAACGUAUUAAAAGCAGUGACCUCUUUAAGUAAGUCGAUGACGGAUAUCUGUGAUGUGGUGUUGUUUUAUUUUCGAAAGCUAUGGGUAAUGGAAUUUGUUGAACGUUCACCACGUGUAUAGAAGGUGUAAAUAAAGUAUUGAAAGAACACCUUCAAACGAGCUUACUGAACGGCAGCAAAGUGAUUUUUUUCUUGUUUUCGUUUCUCUUUCGGCGUAGCUGCGAAAUAGAGUGUUAAAUAAAAAAUGGAAAUGAAACUGCAACCAGCACUUCAAAUUUGUACCGUUCUACUGAUCGUAGCACAGCUGAAGAUGAUUGAGUCAUCGGGAUUCGGAAAGUGUCCAAACUACCCAUCAAUGCCAAAGUUCAACAUGACCAGGUUUCUUGGCAAAUGGUAUGAAGUGGAAAGAUCAUUUUAUCUUCCUGAAAUAGCUGCCGGCUGCACAACACUAACUUUCGACGAUACCACGGUACGUGAUUCUGAUGGUCGACCACAAUUGGAAAUUGCUAUUAAAACAGUCAACCGAUGGACUGGAAACCCAUCAGUAAGCAUAGGAGAAGCAAUUACCGAGAGUGAAAAAUCGUCUAUUAUGUCAGUGCAGUUAAAAUCUAGGUUGCCAAGCGCUGUUGCUAGAUAUUUGCCAGGUGCUGGAAAAUACCAGGUGCUUUAUACAAACUACGAUGACUUUGCUAUUCUCUGGUCGUGUUCCAGUUUUGUUGCUGUACAUGCAGAUCAAAUAUGGUUACUGGGACGUGAAAGAGAUUACUUGGCGGAUAUUAGGAAGAAGAUCUACAAUGCACUCAAACAACUAAGUUUAGAUCCUGAAAGGCUAUUUAUUUCUAAAAAUAGCGACUGCCCAAACACAUUAUGAAGAUUGUUAGUACAAAAAAUGUUACAAAACAAGAACAAUGAUGAACAAGAUGAUGAGAGUAUAUUAUUAUUGUAAAUUAAUUGAUAAUCCUUAAUUUUAUUGAUCGUUUUGAAUGGUACUGGCGAGGUAGGGAUUAUUGUAUAUUUUUAAAACGAGAAGAUUAUAUUCAUAAAGUCAUGUUCAUUGAUAUUAUAAAAUCGUAUGGAAGUUACAUUUUAACGUACACCGUACACCGUACACCGUGCAGUUCAAAAUACAUACGCGGAAAAUAUUUAGUUGAUUCACAGCAUCUAUUAUGCUAACUAGCAUGAAUGAUUCAAAAAUAUUGUAUCAUUAUUUCAGGAAGAAAUAUUAUUGAAUCAACAAACCGUAUUUUUAGUUGUAAUAAUCGUACAAUAUUUUUGGACGAAAACAAACAACUAUGUAUUAGGCCCUGUAUCAAAAAUAUUUCCAUUUGAAUUGAUAAAAUCAUCUCUCUUCGUGCAGGCGCGCAUAAUGAAAGCUGUAAUACUACUCAUCGGGGAUACCCAAUAGCCAAUUAUCGUUUAAUUUUUGGGUGGAAAACCCUGUCGACUUCUCUUGAUUUUGUAUGGGGUACACACGGUACAAUAGCAAGCUUAGAAGCUCUCAGUCAAUAAAUGUGAAAGUACAAAGUUUAUGUACCGUUAAGCACCGUAAUUUCAUACACUCGUACAGUUCGUGCUAGCAUCCUUGUUAAAUUUGUUUCAAAACUAUUCAUGUAAGAAGGAUAUCUCUCUCUCUCUCUCAUUUUCCAGUCAUUAUAUGGAAUGACUACCAAAUUAGAGAGAUAGAGAUCGGUCCUUCAGCCUUCGAUUAAAUGUUAAUUGUUGUGCCUAUUCCGCUCACGUAGAGUAACUUCUAAAAAAUCACAACAAAUGCAAAAACAAUAGGUAUGAAGCAAAACUUAUACUUUACUAAGCUCAUUAAAUAAAUUAAUGCGGUUUAUGUCUACAUUUCAAUAUUUUAGCGACAUUUAAAUUAAAAAGCUAUGGGGACACGCCCGGCAUAUAGGUUAGUAUCCAUGCCUCUCACGGUAAUAGCAACUGGUGGAAACUAACGGUUUUAAAUUGGCUCACUACUUGACUAGCCUAUUGGUCCCAAGUACAUCUAUAAGCGUACCCCAUUCUAUUCGAAAAUCUAGAACUACCCUAUGUUUGUUUUGAUUGGCUAUGAAAGUUUGACAGAUAAAAUUAGGGGUUCGUGUAUUUUUGGAUGUUUCGAGGGGUGCAUCGAUUAGCUUGGGACCGAAGAUAGUACCAGAACUGAGCCAAAAAGUUGAGCACGUUUCUUCAUGACCUUCUGGUCUUAGAGUUACAUCUAUGGUAAUAGUCACGAGUUCAAAGCUCAUCCCCCGUCAUGUCACGAAUGACUUUAACUUUGUGGCUAAAAUUAACAGCUCAACUAUAAUUGAGAAAACUUCUUAUUUUGACUUUCUAUCGAAAUACAUGUUAAAUCCUAAUGCUUGAUGUUUGUAUUUUCCGUCAAUUGCCGAUAAUGUGCGGCAAUACAUAAAUUAAAUGAAUUAACUGAUUGAUAAUUUAAUUAUAUCGCAGAUAAACAAACGUAGCGGUUUAUUCUCGAUCACAAUUAACAUUCAAUUUAAACACAGACAAACAGACGUAACUUUUUGAACAAAUUUUCCUUUACAAUAUCGCCACUGAACUCACUAAUGACAUCACAAGCUAUUCGUGGAAAACAAGUUUGCUUGUUAAGACGCAAAAAAAUGUGUAUACAAGUUCAAUAGAUUGUAUCAAAACGUUGCCUGGUAGGAAUUUUUUGAAAAUAAUAGUGGAAUUUACGUAUCCUCGGCAACCUAAGCAGCGACCAUCUUUCUAUAGCCUUUUUCUCUAAGGAACUCACAUAUAUACAGUAUUGGUUUGUUUACAAUCUUUUGGUGCCAACUGCUCUAACAAUUUCAGUCGAAAGAAUUGUCAAAAACUGUUUUAACACGCUUUUACAAAGCUCCAAUAUUCUCUAGUGAGAGCGGCCCACAAUCUCUUUUUAUCCGGCAGCCUUUCUAUUUGAGCUGCGUGUUAAACAGCUUUGCUUUCAUCGGCAACUCGAAAUCAGCAGCGUUUUGUAGUGCGUGUGUUUCAUUUCAAGAAAACCCUGCUAGAUUACCUUUUCUCAGUGGUAAAAAUAUAAUCAAAUUGAAGCUGAAAGCCUAAAGAAUUGUUUGAAUGCAUUCAGCGAAGUGUUUUCUUAAGAAAAUCCAAUGAAAUUAGCGUUUCAAUUUGGGUUGCCGACAAUAGUCUGUCAUACGAUGCUUGAAAUAUUUUUAGUUUCACGAAUCCCCUACCACAGCGCUGACAUCGGAUCACUUUGACGUGUCUAUACAUUCUAAUGACAUUGUUUGCGACUUAGCAAGCAAGCUUAUUUUCCUCAAUUAGCUCACGAAAGUCGUCGAGUUCUCUACCACCGUUAGUAUUAGUGAGAAGUUUCACUAAUACAUGCAUAUUACUGGUUGAAAAUAAAAAACAAACCGCUGUCAAGUCGAACACUUUGACAACUGAUUUCGUGGUUGAAAAUAAUGAACAGAAAAAAUAUUGCAAAUCUGUUCGGAAAUUUUUACAUGAACCCCAAAUACCAUUUGGAUUUGUAAAAUAUUGUUUUACAGUACAUUCGCCACUUUUUCUACUGUAAUGCGGAAUUGUAGCCGUUUACAGUUUCGAUUAGUCAAAUUUAUUUACAGUUUUCAGUAGAUUUCUUUAGAUAUUCAGCAUAUUGCGGAAAAUUGGUAAAACAAUAUAUUUUACAAAACUUUCUAUAAAAAAUAUAUUUUUUUCAGAAUGAAUCCAGCAAAAAAAGCACCGAACAAUAUUUAAGAAAUUUGGUGUGAUGAAUAAAUCCUAAUAUUUUUGAUCAUUUAAUACGAAAACUUUGGGUCAUUGCUGAAUAAGCAAGCAUAAGGAUGAUUUUAUUAAGAUUGUUAAUCUAAUGCUACUGUGUUACCUGACAUAAAACGAAUACAAUGCAUCUCGUCAAAUUUAACAUAGCAUAAUAAAUAUAAAAUUAGACGAGUUGAUGUUCCCCCGGAUACAACGCAUAUUCUUCAUGAGUCACACAGUAACAGUUGGAAAAAUACAUAAAAUUACGUAGUGAGCGAAAUUAGGUAACACGCGAAAUUACGGUGCUUCACGGCAGAUAGCAAAAAGAAGUUGUACUUGGAACACGUUUAAGUCAUAAGUCUAGAGCGAAAAGCGCAAUGCGUCAACUACCUUGUUUGUUGUUGGAAAACUAAACCAGUUUGAUGAUCUAUUAAGGCCAACGCUCCUAUAGUUGCGGUACGUUAGAAGCGUUGUAUUCCAUAGUUGCUUAUGGAGACUCCGUAAGCAACUAUAGAAACCUAACGCUUCUAACGUACCGCAUCUAUACGAGCAAUUACCCUAAUUGGGGUACCGCGUUCACGAACAAUAAAGGCCGUGUAAAAUGUUGAAUGAACAUCCAAAUAAUACCCCGAAGGGAUCUGUAAAACUUAGAAAUGAUGUGUAAUGUAAUCUUAGAAAUGAUCGAAAAUCCAAUGUUAGUGAAUUUAACAACGAAAAGGUUUCAUGUCACUAAAUUUAAAUCCAUGAAAUCCAUCGACCAACUAUAACUAAUUUUGGGUACGGCAAAACUAAAUCCAUCCUGUACCUAAGCUCGGAUCGACCCCGCGAUCGUAAAACACCCAUAUGAUUUAUAAUAACAUUGAUUUUGCCAAAAAUUGAGAUUAAAAUAGCAAAACUAUAGAUAUAGAAAAGUAAAACUAUUGUUGUUGAUAAAGUUAGGGUAAAGGCAGUUUUUUUUCUGGUUUUGUCAUGUUCCUAUUUUAUCCACAGUUGUGAGGCAAUAUUGCACUGAACAGCAUCAAGAUUGUUGUUCUGAAUGAUAUGCACCAGUAAGUAAUUUUCUACAGAAAGCAAAAAAAAAUAUUUUGGUUAUUGAGUCAUGGUCAAAAUAGGUACAUAUUAUCUUUUUUUUUUAUUAUUUGACGAAAAUCCAAGCAGAGCUUCAUCAUUAUUGCCAUGAGUACAAGUUGCCUCACAAAUUAUGUACCAUUAGCCAUCAUUCUAUGUGACACGAUAUCAGCGUGGAUUAAAACAACGCGCCCAUACAUGCCAUAUUUCACUUCUUAGUAGUUUAUUUUCCGAAAAAAAUUUCAAUAAAAUAUUCACCACCGUGAGGUUUAUUUACAAAUGAUCCAUUUACUCUGA